UUUUUGGUGGCUUUUUAGUAUUCCGGCAUUUUAAGACACGUACGCCGUUUCCCGGAUCCUUUUCUUGUACCUUUUCAUGUCCCCCUUCCAUGUCUCGUUUUACUAGAUUUUUUUUGAAUGCUCUAAAUCAUUAAAUUUUCUCUGGGAUGCUCCGCAAAUUACUUUUUUAAAAUUACUCGCUCAAUACUUUUUUUAAAUUAAAUUUGUUAAAUUUUGGCAUAAUGCAUAUUUAUUUUAGAGAUAAUAUAGCAGACAUAGAAAGGAAGUUGACUGUUUUUUUUUGUUUUCUUUUUUCAAAUUUUUGUUUGUAUUAUUUUUUCCUUUCUUCCUUAGUUUUCGUAUGGUUUUUUUUGUUGUCAUCCCUUGGACAUGUAUCAGAGAUGGGUCGGGUUAACCAAAAGCUUGUCUUUUUUCGUGUUUUUUUUAGAGAUUUAAAAAAAAAUUUUUUAAUGAUAUUACUGGUCUACCAUUCUACUAGUGCCUAUGAUAAGAUGAAUUGGAUGAGUUGA